AUGUCCGGAGAAGCAUCGGCGCCGGCUGCCAAGGUCACCUUCAAGAUCACGUUGACUAGUGACCCGAAACUUCCGUUCAAGGUUCUUUCCGUCCCUGAAGCCGCUCCAUUCACCUCCGUCCUCCGAUACGCCGCCGAGGAAUUCAAAGUGCCCGCCGCCACGUCCGCUAUCAUCACCAACGACGGCGUCGGCAUCAAUCCAGCUCAAUCCGCCGGAAAUAUCUUCCUGAAGCACGGAAGUGAGCUCCGUCUGAUUCCACGUGAUCGUGUGGGAGGUUUCUGA